UUUUGUUGUUGGAUAGUGACCCUCAUCCACUACCACGUUCCUUAACAUAACCCCUCUUUCUCUCUCUCUUUUAAUCUGAUUGGAAUCUUUCUCCAGUUGUAAAUAAAAUCAUCCCCGAGCAGAUAAGACCAGUGGUUGAGGGCUUGUGAAGAUUUCAGGCAAGAACAGAAGCUCUCUUCUUUCAUUGGUACUUAGAUAUCUUCUGAUUUGAUGCUAUAACACAUUCCUCAAUUGUAUUCUAAUAACGUGUAAAUGGGUUCCGAAGGUCCUGCAACAAUAACAAUUCAUGUGACGGGUUUUAAGAAAUUCCAUGGAGUUUCAGAGAAUCCAACUGAGACAAUUGUCAGUAAUCUCACCGAUUAUGUGAAGAAGAAUGGUUCACCAAAAGGUCUGGUUAUUGGAAGUUGCAGCAUUCUUGAGACUGCAGGACAAGGAGCACUUCUUCCCCUAUACCAGACAUUGCGAUCUGCAAUAAGCGAGAAGGACUCUACAAAUUCCAGCAGAAUUAUUUGGGUACACUUUGGAGUUAAUAGUGGUGCAACUAAGUUUGCCAUUGAGCAUCAAGCUGUCAAUGAAGCUACUUUUCGUUGCCCUGAUGAGAUGGGAUGGAAGCCUCAGAAAGUCCCUAUCAUUCCUUCAGAUGGUGGAAUUUCAUAUACAAGAGAGACUUCUCUACCAGUUGAGGAGAUAACCAAGGCCUUGGCAAAGAAGGGUUAUGAGGUGAUGACCUCGGAUGAUGCAGGGCGCUUUGUAUGCAAUUAUGUCUACUAUCAUUCCCUUCGGUUUGCAGAGCAAAAUGGGAUCAAAUCUCUCUUUGUGCACGUGCCUCUCUUCUUGACUAUAGAUGAGGACACCCAAAUGAAAUUUGCUGCAUCCUUGCUAGAGGUACUUACAUCAUCAUGUUAGUACUCCUAUUAUCAUCAUCAACCACACCUGUAUGCCAAAGCGCUUGUAUGCUGGUAUGAAGUCACCACGUUUAUUAAGGUGGAUGUAUGCUUCGUACAUGGAAAAGCUUGAAUAAUCAGAAAUUGUAAUCUAAGAUAAAACUGCAUUGAAUGAACAUUCUCAUGAUGUGUUUUCAUAAAUAUUUUCCAGAAGGUUUCGGUAACUUGCCGAAAUUUUUCAAAA